UCUCCCCUUCUCCCCCUCCCCCCUCCCCGCGCGCCCGGACCGUGUUUCUGCGGGGAGUCAUGGCGGCCCUGGAGCCCGAGGAGAGGCCUCCAUCCUCGGGAGAACCCCUGUCACCGCUUCAGACGGGGGCGCGUUAUUUCUGUACUGUCGGCCGGGGCCUGGAGUCCUUCCUCACGCGGGAAGUCCAAGCCCGCCUGGCAGCGACGGAGGUUGAGUAUAUUUCAGGGAAGGUUUUUUUCACUACCAAUUCUGGCUUAACAAUCAUGAAGCAACUAAAAUCUGCAGAAAGACUAUUCUUGCUGCUUAAAAGGCAAUCUCCCCUUAUCAUUUCUUCUGGAAGUAAAGGAAAAACACUUAAUGAAAUUCAAAGACUUAUAACUGGGGAUCCCAGGUGUUGGAUACGUGCUGUUUCAAUUUGGAAAAGUCUUCUUGAAUUGGAAGAAAAACUUCCAUCUGGAGUAUCUAAACCCCCCAAAAGGAAGACAGAAGAAAAUGAAAAUAUAAUUACUAAGAAAUUUAAAAUAGAACAAACACUAAUGAUGCCAGAAGAUACAGAAUGUCAGCUGGAAAAGCAAAAAGAUGACUCGAUACAAGAGAAAAAAGAUCUAAUAACUGAAAAAGAAAUUUUUCAAGAAGAAAAGUCCAAAAAUGAUGAGGAGAAGGAAGUUGAACAUCACCAGGACAAACUUACUUUCAGAGUUUCUUGUCGGUGUAGUGGAAAAGUUGGAAAAAUAUUUACUACAGAGGAGGUGGGAAGAGUAAUUGGAACUACUCUUAUAAAAGAGUUUGGUUGGAAAGCAGAUUUGAGAAACCCCAGUUUAGAGAUAUUUGUACAUCUAAAUGACACUUACUCCGUCGUGGGGAUUCCUAUUUUCAGGCUUCCUUUGGCAAGCAGAGCUUACAUCAAGGUGGCCGGACUUCGUUCUACUAUAGCUUGGACCAUGGCAUCUCUUGCUGAAAUCAAUAUUGGUGCAGUCGUUUUGGAUCCAAUGUGUGGACUUGGAACGAUUCUGUUGGAAGCUGCCAAAGAAUGGCCUAAUGCCUAUUAUUUGGGUGCUGAUGUAAGUGAUUCACAAUUACUAGGUGCUUAUGACAAUCUGAAAUCUGCUAGUCUCAUGGACAGGAUAGAAUUGCUCAAGUUCUCUGUAACAGAAUUGCCAUUACUUUCUGAAAGUGUUGAUGUUAUUAUUUCCGAUGUUCCAUUUGGGAAAAAAUUUAAACUAGGAAAAGACAUAAAAAGCAUUCUUCAUGAAAUGGAAAGAGUCCUUUGUGUUGGAGGGACUAUUGUAUUAUUGCUUAGUGAAAACCUCCACAGGUACCUACAAAAUUAUAAGGAAAGUAACAUCAUAUGGAAUUCCAGUAAGGACAACACAAAUGAAUUCAAAUUUGUCCAGUAUGUGAAUGCUGAAGAAAAAAAUGGAAUUCAAGAAAAUGUUUCAUCUUUAUUUCAAGACCACAGACAAGAAUGUUUGGACAAAAGGCCACUUUUUGGCACUUUGGUGCAGAUGGAAUGCCACAAAGUUAGCCUUGGAAGAACAGAGGCAUUCAUAUCAAAAUAUAAGAAAAUUCAUGCUUCUGGACUACAGCAGCCUUUUUAAUUUGGUUCAGGUUGUAAGUUUAGCAGUUUUUAUUUUAGAUAUACCUUAGUAGAAGACCAAUGAUCUUCAUACAACAAUCCACAUAAGUAAAUUCCAUUAAAAUUGCUUCACAGACAUGAGCAGGGGAAAGAUCUGCCACCCCUGGGAUGACCCUCCUCCUCCUCUCUUCCCUCCUUGCCUCCUCCACAGAAGCCUUGAACUUACGGGGGAUGGUCGCUCCAAAUCCAUCCAGAAUACUUUAAUGCUCACAUGACUUCAUUGAGAUAGAAAUCACACUUCUCUUCUUUCUGGGCUUUACAAUCCAGGCUAUCAGUACCUCCUAAGGUUAUAGUUGUAAAGUACUUCCCAGGGAUGCCUGGCACAUAGUAGGUGCUAAUAAUCCAUGUUCUCUCCCCUUCCUUCUGAUCUUCCCUCUUCUUUGCAUCUACACUCUCCUGAUGCCCCCAUUGUGUCUGACCUGCUACUGUCACUUCUGGACCAGCUGGACUUUGCCACCUGCCCUGCUCAGCCUCUUAGGUUUUCCCCACCUUCGCAUCCCCACUGCAGCUUUCUUUUGAUGGACUGUCUCUUCCCCAGUUAGAAUGUAAGUUCUUUGAAAGCCAGGACAGUCUCACUUUUGUAUACGAGAUACCCAUGAUGAGGACAGUAAGUGUUUACUAAACACUAUUUCAUUCAUUCAUUCAUAGAUCCUCACUUUAAAAUGUCUGCUUUCAUAAUGGUUUUCUUAUUAAAGAGUGUUUUGUAUUAACUAAAAUGUCUUUAAAAAUUAUUUUGUAAAUGAUAGACUUUAAAGAUCUGGCACUGGUGUGCUCUCCAAAUAUGAGGUGCAACUACUUAAGCCCUCUUUAUUAGGCAGGCAUUUCCUCAAAAAAAUAAAGAUUUUUAAUAUUUUUAGUAAUUCAAAUUAAAUAGAUUGUAAACAAGUAUAACAGCACAGAAUAGAUAUUUUGAUUAUAUUUCAUUUUAUAAAUAUGUAAAUUCUUAUUUUCUUAAAUGGAAAACUAUACUGUGAAACUGUUUUGAUAUGAAUUUAGAUUUUCAUAUAUCCUAUAUUUUCCUUCCUUGUAAGAAUGAGAAUUAUUUUCAUUGUAUUGUAUCACCCAUAUUAAAGAUGUUGUCAGCAAAUUGAUCAUGCAGAUGUUAGCAAUGCCAGUACAUUUAGAAUAAAAAAAAAACUUAUUUUUAAAAUAUUGUGCAAUUGUUACCUAUUUUAUGUAAAGACCACCAUUUUUUCCCUUUACCAUCUUUUCAGAGGAGUGAGAAAUUUUUUU